AUCGCGCGUAUUCCACGUUAGAGUUUGGCAGCUGCUAACCGCUCGCACUGUUAGCAAUAACAACAGCAACAACAAGUCUGUGUGUCUUAACACUUCUUUUCUCGAAACCUAACUCUAAAAUUAACGAAGAUGGCCGUGUCGUUUCAUAAGGAGGAGUGCUGCUCCAAAAGUGGUUUAUUCCUACUCGUCGAGCUGAUCUGUGGAGUUGUAAUCUUUUCUAUUCUGAAGGACAACGCAUUUACUCAUUCCGAGCCUAUUUACUGGCUACAGUAUACCUCCUUUAUGUUUUUUCUCAAUUCCUUUUUCCUCAUCCUUUCCGGAGCUCUCACCGGCGAGGGAGUAUCUGGAAGCUUCUAUCACAACGUCUACCACUUCUUCGGCAUGGUCCUCUAUGCUGGUCUUGCUAUCUGGACGAUUUCCAAGGACGGCGCCCCCUCGGAAGAGAGGGCCAAGAACCACUAUUGGGUCUCAAUGAUUUUGUCGUUCGUCGCUGCUCUCGUGCACGGGCUGCACGGAGUGUUUAAUUGCCGCGGCUAAAUUUCCUUGCGCAUCCAUCAUACUGCUACAUUCGCAUCAUCAUUACACUAGAAGCUUCUGUACAAGCACCAUCAGAACGAAACCGCAUUCGUUCUCUUAUGAGAUAGAGACAGAAAUAAUCCUUAUUCCUAUUGAAAUAGCCAGUUUCAGAAGUUGUUCUCUCAAGCGAGUUGUCUUUACUUUCGACCUUAACACUAAAUGUAUUGCACCGGUAAUAUAUUGCCUAUGAUAAAUUCUCUGUUUUACCGUCUACGACCAGACGGGGCUGUUACAUGUGGCAAUUCAAGCUAGCAGACGUUUCUGUCAUGGUUCAAUUCUUGUGGAAACGGAAUAAAUUGGCCGUUUUAUAGUUACUAUUAAUAAUUAUAGCAUUUGUUACGACUAUUAUUAUUGUUACUGUGAUUAUUAUAUCGAUUGUCAAACCUUAUAGUUAGGUAUGUACAAACGAAUGCAAAAGUAAAUGAAAUGAUUGAGCGCACCUAACCGAUGUAACAUAUUAAGUAAAUAAAGGAAAAAAACAUACGAGGUUUAUCAGUAAUUUUAAA